AUGGCUGGUCCUCUGAAGUUGUUGCUUUUAUUGAACCUUCUACUUUUUACAUCAGCCUUUUUCAACAAAAAAGCUCUCAACUACUAUGAAGAGUUAGAAUCAACCAACAAUGUUCCGUUUGUUGAUGCAAGAGAAUUCUCCACCUGUGAAUCUGGUUGGACUGGACCAUACUGCCACAACCCAAUUUGCUCGGCUCGCAGUCCCCAACCUUCCUCAGGUAGCUCCAUCCAAUUGAUAGAACAUAUUUAUAUGCCAAAUGGAUGUUCUGGAGCCUAUUAUGUACCAUUUGAUUCAUCUAGUGAUUUUGUGUUUAUACAAGUUCAUACAGGAGGUCCUAACUGCACAAUCCACGUAACAGAUCAGAGUGGAAAUGAAAUGAAAGGACAAUUCGGUUCAGCACCAGGAACGUGUUACGCACAAUAUAAUUCUUACAAUCCAGGAGCUUAUCAAAUGACAAUCGAUACCGCUGGAUUACCAACGGUUGAUUGCAAUGCUCAAAUCGAAGCUUCCUCUUCAUUAGCUGUGGAUCAAGGGUUCUCUUUUUCCCCUCAGAGUGAUAUUUCUACUUACAACGAAAGCCCAGUCGACGGUUCUCCUAUGUACUUCGUAGCGCACACAGAGAGUGUUCUCGUUCCUGGAUUUGCUCAAACUGUAACUAUUCACGAUGAUCGAAAUUUCAACGUGGUGUACCGAUCGGAUCUCACUGGUCGCUUCCAAUGUUCCUAUGAGCUUUACGCCGGAGAAUUUGUUUGCAGUCAACAAAAAAUGUACAUUUGGAGUGUUGAUGGUAUCGAUUCCAAAGGAGCUCCUUUCAGGAGAUCAGGGCAUUUCCCUUGUAUAGAUGUUCCUCCAACAACUCAAAAGCCAACUGAAAUACCAAUCAUCGAAGAAUGUUUCAACGACGGUCAGAUAUUAAGAAAAGGAACACCAAACGCAUCGUGUUUCUGCACCGAGUUGUAUACAGGAAGUCAAUGCGAAAAAGCGAACUGCAUGAAUGGUGGUUAUGCUGAUCCCAGUGGUUUAUCUUGCACUUGUGACCAAGGGUAUUGGGGCGACAACUGCGAACAUAUGACUUGUGACCCUAACUUAGCACCUUUCCUGUUGGAUAGGAGGUCAUUGAUUGUUGUGAUAAGGAAUACAGUUUCCAUGAAUCAGUAUUAUCCAGCAGUUCUCAAUGCCAUUAAUUCGGCUUAUUUUGAUGGAUCAAUCAGUGGAGACGUUGUUUAUAGUAAUUAUGUUCUAGUAACUUACAGUAAUGGCAAAUAUCGUGUAUCUGAUACUUCUCAAUUUGAUAACUUUAUCAACAGUAUCAAAAAUCUCAAAACAAAUGCGGAUUCUUUCUCAAAUUGCUCUGAUGCAACAUUUCAAGCGGUGUUCAGUGUUUUUGAACAAGAAGUUUAUGAUCACUCACCUAUUCUGUUGAUAACUGACGCCUUAGCAUCAGAUUCGCAGGACUGGAAACUUGUUUCAGAAGCCAAUUCAAGAAGAAAAUUACCGAUCUUCACAUUUGUAGUUCAACAAAACGGAUGUCAGAAAGAUGAAGUUGAUUUAGGAUAUGUAUCACUGAAGAGAGCUGCUGAAUACAGCGGUGGUCUCUUUUUCUAUCCUCCGGAUGUAAACUCAUUGCAAAACACUCUAAAAAAUGCAAUCAUUGCAUAUACUCAUCAAAUGAAUCAAAUACUUGUGGAUGAUAUGCUAAAAUGCACAACGAGUGGCUACAGAACAUUCUUGGUUGAUGGAUCUGCUGAAAGUGUUCAAAUCAUUACAACAGGCUAUAAUGUUAUCCUUCAUGUGUGGGAUCCAUCUUGGAGUGAAGACAACCUUCGUCUCAUAUAUAGCGAUGGUUACGAUUCUUUCUACGAGAUCACAAAUGUCCUUCCUGGAGAAUAUCUUAUGACAGUAUUGGGAGUGAACAACAAUAAUGCUGCUUGUUCAGUUCGAGUAGUUAGUAGAUCAUCAUAUGAUCUGUUUUUGGCUACAACCACCGAUGAAUUUAUAGAUGCUAUAGAUUCAGAGCCUGUUCUAGGAAACAAAAUGCAUUUCGUUGCACAACUGAGUGGGCUCAAUAUAACUGAUCCAUUCCGACUUUUCGCUGAGCUUACUAUAACAACAAAUCUCAAUAAUGACAACAACAAAUAUCAAAAACCAAUGUUUUAUUCGAAUGGAAAAUGGCGUGAUGGGUGUGGUUUCCAAAUUUAUUUUGGAGUUGCUGAUUUCUGUGAAUUCGCUGAUCAACCGUUUUACGCUACAGUAUAUAUUGACGAUGUUAAUGGUUUUGCUGUUCAACGUUCGACUGUCGGUUUCUGUUCUCUAACCCCGACCACUGUAACUCCACCCGGUGAUUGCCAAAAUGGAGGUGUAUUUGUUAACGAAACAUGUGUGUGUAGAGUUGGAUUCGUAGGAGACUAUUGCCAAAACAUUAUAUGUCAGAAUGGAGGCACACCUGCUGGUGGAGCUUGUAUAUGCGCUGUGGGUUCAGAUGGAACAUUCUGUGAAAUGAAUAGUUGUAGUACUGUCAAUUUGGAGCCAUCAAGAAGUACUGAAGGAAAAUCAAUGGUUUUUGUUGUAUCAACAAGAACAACCAUGGAAACUGUGUGGAAACAAUUAGCAGCAAGUGUGGCUGAGUUUGUGAGAGACAGCCAGUACAUAUCAAAUACCUGGAUCACAAACUGGGUAAUUAUCACUGUGAAUGAACAAGAGGCACAGUUUUUAAGUACCUCAGAACGCCCACAAGAUUUCAUUUCCGCGAUAGCAGGAGUCGCCAACAAUUAUUCUGCCUAUACUAUUAAUGAAACCAGUUGUUUGGUACAGCUAGAGGAAGCUAUGUUCUUUGGUGUACUAGCCUCGACACCUGGGUCGGAUGUCUACGUUUUUACCGACUCGGAUGGUGUCGAAGAUGAUUCACUGUUUUACCAAACUUAUUCAAACGCUAUCAACUAUCGUGUUUCCUUGAACGUUAUUGCUUCUGGAAAUAUAUGCUCAAAAAAUACUAAUAAUGGAGAUCUAUCUCAAAACUUCAAGGACCUCGUAUAUGGAACUAAUGGCUUUGUAUACUAUACUAGCCAAAUUCAACAAUUUUUGCCGUAUCUUAACACGCAAUACAGAACUCAAACAGUUGGAAAACUCGGAGGUUCAGAUUGUACUGCUGGUUUCGUCGGUUACUUUGCGGUGGAUAGUAUGACAAACUCUCUCAGUGUCUCUGUUACCGGUGGUGACAUUAUUGAUUAUACUGUCGAAACACCUACUGGUCGUCAGAUUCAAUUAGAAGUUCCUCUCGUGAGCGAUGAUUUUCUUGAUAUAACAGUUUUGUUGCCUUCCUGUCCCGCUAAUCCUUAUCAAUGGCAGUCAAACGCUCAAAGCUGUUACUUGUUUAGCAUUGAGGACAAAUCUUGGAACGACGCUUCUAUUUUCUGUCAUUCGUUCCAGGGAUCUCUGUUUGAUGUUUACAACCAGGAUAAGGAGAAUUUCAUCGAAUCACGAGUAGGAAAGAGAGAAACAUGGAUUGGCCUGAGAAGACAUAACACAACUUGGGUAUGGGAUGUUCCAGAUGGAAACCAUUAUUCUACUAUUGAGAACACGUACACCAAAUGGUGUCCUGGUUAUCCUACCGUAGGAGAUAAAGCAGAUUGCGUGACGCUCAGCACAGACAGCUGCUGGAAAAAUACUGAUUGCUCUUUAAAGAAAAAGUAUAUGUGUCAAACAUUACGUUAUGAUCCAGAUAGAGCAGGGGAAAACACAUUACCUCCCGGACGUUAUAAAAUAAAUAUCAAGAGUGCAGUUGGUGGUUGCUUCGCACAAGUUUCUGCACAGUCUCAAUUGAUGCUCAAUUAUGGCUUUGUUCAAAAUGCACAAAACGAUUAUCCGGAUACUACUGGAAACGCUGGGUCGACCAACAAUUACCUGAUUGCCCAUGUCGAUGGCCUCCCACCAUUCCUCAGUAACUAUUCCUCAAUGGAGAGUCGUUUAAAUUAUGCUUUCAUUGGAUUUGAGGGAAAUUUAACAAACGGACUUUCUUUAUCCCCGCGAACAUAUUGUGGAUACGAGUACAUAACAAGUCAACCAUUCUCUUGUCCUAAUGGUAAUGGUGACUUUUUCGUUAAGUUCAGUGGUAUUGACCAAUUGGGGUAUGCUUUUGAAAGAUAUACAGAUGCUGGAUGUCGUACAAAUGCCCUUACUUGUUUGAACAAUGGUGUUCUGUACAAUGGUGUUUGCAUCUGUCCUCAAUCAUAUACCGGAAGUAGAUGUACUGUUCCUGUAUGUCAAAACGGUGGAGUAUUAUCAUCGAAAAAUGUUUGUGUAUGUCCUAAAGGAUUUGGUGGCGGAUUCUGCGAGAAUGCUUUGUGUGAACCACCAUACCCUACGAAUUUUAAAGACACAGGAAAAACUUUAGCUAUUUUAUUGGAAACUUCCUAUAAUAUGGGUAGUACGAUUUAUCAGCUCAAAAAGAAUCUCAAAGCAUCCUUGGAUAAAUUGAAAAACGACCCAACUACUAGCUAUUGGUUUAGUAAUUACAUUCUCUAUCCGUUUGAUUCAGUCAGCAAUAAGCAAGACUGGUACCCGAUUGUAAGCUCAACGAAUAGUGAUGAUAUAGUGAAUGCUGUCAAUAACAUAACUCUGAUGAAAUGUCCCGGAAAUGGAUGCUCAAAGAGUUGUCCCAGACCAAUAAUGGGAGUUAUUCAAGAUACUAUAUCACGUGUCGAAUUCCAAAAUCCUAGUUCAGUAAUUCUUGUAAUAACAAGAUCUUCUCCUGAAGACGUAGAGAAAGCCAGAGCGCUGGCUACACCAUUGCAAGAAUCACGCGCUCAAGUUAACUUCCUCUUAAGUGCGAUUGAUUCACCAUGCGGUGAAGGAUGGGACAGUCCAGGUGUCAAAGCUAUGUAUGCAGUUGAUCAAUACGCGGAUGGAAACAUAUUUGUGAUGUCUCCAGUAGAUUUGGCUGUGAACUUCUUCCAAAAGUAUUUGCCAACACUUUUCAGCUCUGAAGGAAUUGAAUUCUAUACAAGUGAACAAUGUGACUCAGAAGAAAUCAUAUUCCAAGUUGACAGCGGCAUGUCUGAUUUCACCAUAGACUAUGUACUACCACAGAUUACUCCUCCUCCUGUUGUCACUAUUACUGACCCUAGCGGAAAUGUCCUUGCUUUAGCUCAAAAUAUUAUACAAUCAAGUGAUGUAAACUACUUGGGUAUUUUCCCAGUUGAUGCCUAUGAUAUCGGUACAUACCGACUACGAGUUACUGGGGUGCAAAACAACACUUGCAUGAUCAACAUCCGUGCGCGUUCGCUCUACGAGAUUUUCCCCGCGUAUGUGAAUGCUGAUGCAGAUAAGUUUGGUGGAGCUACUAGAGAUGAUGCUCAUUACACUCCAGUUUACUAUCAAAAUUCAACCUUGGUUGUUCACGCCAACGGUUUUGAUUAUGGAACUAUUCUGACAUACGCUCAAAUUGUUGAACCUGGUUAUGGGUUAGUGUUUACAUCUGCCCUCAAGAAACGUGAUGACGGAUGUAGUUACGAAUGGUACUCUACUGCAACUUAUCAGUGUACUCAGCCUAGCUUGAAAACAAUCAUUUACGGAUGGGAUGCUCACGGCGUUUACUUCAGAAGAAUCUUCAGAACAACUUGCGUUAACAAUGUUCCGAAAUUAAAACCUCCACCAGCUCGAUGUGAUUUGUCUACCGCUGUGCAAGAUACACUGUUUAUUAUCGAUUCAUCACUGUCGAUUGGUUACAAUAACUUUAAGUUGUUAACCCAGUUUGCGUCAAACGUAAUGCAGCCUUACAAGCUAUCUUCCACAAAUACCCAGGUCGGUUCAAUAGUGGUUGCCUCUUCAGCUCAAUCUGGUUUUAACUUCUCUUCUCUUGUGAGUCACGACGACCUUGACACAAAUUUCAAGGGAUUAGUCUAUCUCAACACGACAGGAAUGAACCUCACAUCAGCUAUUCAGCUUGCAACUGAUCAGUUCACAACACCAAGUUCAGGAUACAGAGCCAAAACCGCAAAACACUUGAUCGUUUAUCUGACAGCUACAGAGCCAACUGAUAAUGAUCCACAACAGCCUAUAUACGGCCUAAGCGAGAGUGGAAGUUUCGGUUUUGCUACAAUCGCAUUCAAUAUGAACUCGAAUAAACUGUUGAGUAGCAUCAUUGAUGAUGACUGUCUCUACUACUCACCGGAUCGAAAUGACCUUUAUGUGUACGGAGUCAACUUCCUACAAGGAUUGUCUUGCGCUCAAAUCAAAACCUGUGGAAUGUAA